AUGUCACAAUUCUUUAGCUACCUCUUCAUCCUCUCCUUCUUCUUCUUCAUCAACUCCUUAGGCACCAAUUCUACUCCUUUAUGCCAAUCACACUACUGUGGUAGCGUUAUCAUCAGGUACCCUUUUUGGGUUCAUAAUGAAAGCGCCUCCGAUCAGCUAUAUUGUGGCUACAAGGGGUUUGGCGUUAUGUGCAAGAACGACGAGGCCGUACUUGAAUUAUCCGGUGACCGCUACUACGUGAAAGAUAUAAAUUAUGCCGACUAUACCCUAACCCUUGUGAAUAUUGAUGUCUCCAACCAAAUGUGCCCAAGGGCACGUCAUAGCGUUUCUCUAGAGACGCUACCAUUGAAAUAUUCUUCAAUGGAUUUGAAUCUCAGUUUUUACUUUAAUUGCACUUCCGACCCUCCAAUAACUGUGCCUUCCAUCCCGUGCUUAAAUAUUAAUGGUAGAAACCGGUCUUACGUUUUUGUGGAGAAUCAUGAGAUGGAGGGCUUUGAUUGGUCAAAGAAUUGCGAGGAGACAGUGGUGGUGGCUGUGACACAGAGUCAGAUCAAUGCGGGUAAUUUAACUGGUGGGUUUGGUGCGGCUAUGAAUGAUGGCUUCGUGCUUGAUUGGGAAAGAGUUAAGGAUUGUGGUACAUGUGAGAGCUCUGAAGGGUAUUGUGGAUACAACGCUACGGCUGAGGAGUUCUUGUGCUUUUGCAACGAUGGAAGCACACAUAGUAACAGCUGCAAAGGUAUGAUUGCGUGA